AUGCUCUGUUCAGACAUUUUUUAUUGGAGCUUGGCGUACUCCGCUUCUCAGGCAUUGAUCACGGGACUCAGCAACCGGGAGACGGCGGAUUACCUUCUUCGCGUUGGCUUGAAGGAGUUCGCAGGUGUUGUGUUUUUCACCAUGAACGGAGAGCGCCUCGUGCUCCUCCGGGACGGAUGGCGGGUCGUCGAGUUGGCUCAGUGCGGGCUUGCCCCAUCCCAGCGCUUUACGUUCUACGACCAUGUCCACACAACGGGCAUGGACAUCAAGCAACCACCUGCAGGGCGAGCUGUGCUUACCAUGAGCAAGGACACUACCCUUCGAGACUUUGCGCAGGGUGCCUUUCGUAUGCGCGGCUUGGGCGCUGGACAGCAGAUCUCUGUGCUGAAAACUCCUGAGGUCUCGACACUUGUCCACCAAUGCCGGAAAGCCUGUAGGCUGGCCAGUGGCAGAAUCUCCGUAACACUGGAGAACUUCCUCAGCCCAAGCUCACCAACGAGCCCCACUCGCCAGAAGGAGGCAGAUCCGGUGGUCCACGUGCUUGUGUGGUCCACGGCCAAUGGCAUCCGGCAGGAGUGCCGGAAGCAGCGGUUGCUUUGCCAGCAGAACUUUCGUGAUGUUUGGAAGCGGAAAGCCCGCUUGAAGCUCGAGAACGUGGCUACCGCGGUCUACGAUCCCAAAGACAAGAGCGCCGUGGACAGCCUGCGCGCCAUCUCCACGCAGGCGGCGCUUGAAGACCUGCGAAGUCGACCUGAGUUCUUUGGGCUGCCUUCGCGUGUUGAACUCCAUGAGGGCAAGCAGCCCAGCCUGCAGGAGAAGCUGCAGGCCGAGGUUUCCAAGAGAAAGUUGAACCCAACAGAGCGAGCGGAGGCUGAGGCAGUGAUGGCCGAGUGCUGGCCACCGGAGUGUGAGAUUGACUGGGACGAUGCACCAAAGAGUGAUGCAAUGGAAGGAGAGCAGGUUCAAGAAGAAGAACAGGAAGAAGAGCAGGAGCAGGAGCAAGAGCAAGAGGAGGAGCAAGAGAAGGAGCAGGAGCAGGAAGGGCUUCCCGAAGAGCCGGCCAACGAGAAGUUCUCGCGUGCUGACGAGCGACAGCAACCAUGGAGCCUCAGUAGCCUCGCUCAGCCCACCGGCUCUGGCUCCCCUCCCUUCUAUCCAUUAAAGGACUUCGCCGUCCAUCGGGGAAUGCUGGGAGGGGACUGCAACUUCCUGGAAGAGCUGCCGCCCUUCCUGAUGAUCAGCGACAACUACUACCGAAAGGCCUGGCGGUUGCAGUCGACGAGGCGUUUACGAAACAUAAUUUGCAUCUUGGAGUGGGUGCCUGACAGACGUCAACUGACGCCUCUGGAAAUUCCUGGCCAACUCUCUGAUCAACAGAUGGAGUGGCUCCGCCUGCUUUUCGAGCUUCAUCGUUUGGACGACGGCGAGACGGCACGUGAGGAAGUCACUGGUGGAAAUCUGACUGCGCUUUACAAAUCGCUGGGAUUGUGGGCCGCAGCCCCUUCGUCUUCCUGCUCCUUUGGAGCCUUGCAGAGAGGAGUGGCCACGCAGUCCCUCUAUGGCUAUCAGCAAGGCCGUUUCUUUGUGGCCCUGAGCCUAGAAGAGGCGCAGCACCUUCGUGCAGCCCUCCAUCGCUUGGGAGAUCAAAGCGCUCAAAGAGUUAAUGAGAGCUCCCUGAACGAGCUGUCGAAGUCCUGCUUGGCCCUACGCUGCCUGGGCCCGUCGCUUCAUGGCCGUCAUGGUUUUCAUGGCUCUUCGUCUCAAUCCCAAAGCAUCCAGAGCCGAGUGCUGGCUGCCGUGGGUGACCCCACAGUCCUUUCUCCCCGCCACGACCUCGAGGUGGCCGAGCACUGUUUCCACUUCGCUAACUGUGACGACAUGCCGCGCUCGCAGUUGCAUGUCCUGCUCCGCGCAGUCCGCGCAGCCGAGCCGGAGAAGCGGCUGAGGUGGUGGCAAGAUCUCAGGCGAUGCCGCCGGCGUACGAGGGAGUCAUGGCAGAGGCUGCCCAUCAGCCCCGUGUUUAUAGAGAGGGACGAGUUCAAGGACCUCGCGAGCGAAGCGCUCCUGCAGCGGCUGCGCCGUUCCUUGGCCGAACGCCAGCUUUGGCCGGCGGACGUCUUCCACCUUCUGGAUACACACAGCUGCGGAAGCCUCUCACGCGCAGAUAUCGAGCGGGGCCUGGAGUGGAUGCUCGGCUUGCAGGGUUCCCAAAAGGAUUCCCAAAAUGGUCCAUCCCUGCGGAUCGCGAAGCGCUUCCCGGCACUGGUGACGGCGCUUUUCCGGGUCCUGGACGAAGAUGGCGAUGGGCAGAUCAACGUGGAGGAGUUCAAGGUGGCGCUGGAGCCCGACGAGCCAGAUUAG